AUGGCUGACCAGGGAGACCGUACAACUGGCAAGGCAGUACUGGAUCGCAACCCAGACAAGUUCCUCAACAGGACAGUGCAUGAUCUGAUAUCUCUUAAAGGCCGUACCAUUGUCAUCACUGGCGGCGGCCGAGGUCUAGGCCUGGCCUUUGCCUUUGCCGUCGCUGAGGUUGGCGGCAAUGUCGCCAUCAUCGAUGUGCUGGACAAGCCGCACGAUCACUUCAAUAAGUUGGAAUCAGAAUUCGGCAUCAAGGCUAAAUUAUACAAAAGCGAUGUUACAAACUACGAAACCUUAAAAAGUACCGUUGACGAGAUUGUAAAGGAUUUUGGGCGUAUUGACGGCCUUAUCACUGCCGCUGGCAUUUGCCCUGAUGAGCCAUUUCUCAAGCGAUCCCCCGAAUCCGUCGCCCGAUGCAUGAAUAUCAACGUCCUGGGCACUUACUAUGCCGCACAGCUCGCAGCUGCUCAGAUGAGCAAGCAGGAGCCUACUGACUUUAACCAACGUGGCGGCUCCAUCGUCCUCAUCGCUUCGAUUGCCGCCCACGUCGCUAGCAAGGGACAAACAACAAGCGAUUACUGUGCCAGCAAAGGUGCGGUUGUUUCACUUGCUAAAGCGUUGGGAGUCGAAUUGGCGGCUAUGGGCAUUCGUGUCAAUUCCAUCUCUCCUGGAUAUAUGUUGACGGAUAUGACGAUUGAUCUUUGCGACCGAUACCCGUGGCUCGCGGAUAUUAUGAUGAAUGAACCACCUAUGCGCCGGAUUGGUGAUCGGACAGAUCUGAAAGUUCCGGUGGUCUACCUGCUGUCAGAUGCUAGCGCCUACCAUACGUCGGAUGAUAUCCUCAUCACCGGAGGUAUCCAUGCUGGGCGAUUACUGUAG